GAACAGCCCUGUUGCAGUUAGUAGAGGUUCAGAAAGAAAUUCAGUCCCAGCAGUUAAACAUUUUGAAAGCAUUUUAUGUGGAUCUGCUGGUUCCACUUGAAACUAAUAUCGAUAAAGAUACGAAAGUUGUCGCUUGCGAGCAGAAGCGAUUCUUGCAACAACAUAAGUGCCUACAGGAGUCCUACUUGAAAGCAGCCGGGAUAGUGAAAAAGCAACGUAAAAAAAAUAAGGGAAGAGGAACUAAUCUGGACAAAGAAAUUAAGAAUUUGCAACAAUUGGAGGAAGAGAAGAUGAAAUUAGAUUGUUUUUGCGAGAGGAGUUUGAAACAGGCUAUAACUCAAGAGAGACGGCGGUAUGGCUUUGUGCUCGAGCGACAGUGCUCUCUCACCAAGCAUAAUCUCGUUUACCAUUCUCAGGGGCAGAAUCUGCUGCAGCAUCAUUUAGAAGAAUGGGAAGAAAUAGCCAAAAGUCGAGAAUCUCUCCCCGAGCCCAUCGAUAAAUUAUUUCCACCGACUAAUAACUAUAAGAGCUGCAGUGAAUAUGCGAGUGCCAAUAUUCUCGAAAAUCCGCCUACAAUGACAUCGUUAUAUGUUCCCUCCCCUCUGGGCAGUACUCUGAGGAAGACUAGAAGCAUCGAUGCCAGUUGUGUGGACCUAAGAGAAGCACCUCUUGACCCUUUUCCUAGGCCUCUCAUGAGGGCGAAGUCAGAUUUCAAUAUUGCUUCAUCUAAUGCUAGUCUCAUAUCAAACGAUUACGGAAUGACGCUCCGUCCGAAAAGUCUUGUGGAGCCUGAUUCCAAGACUGGUCAUUCUAGAGUUCGAGCUCUUUACUCAUAUCUGUCCAGCGGGGAACAUCAGUUGAGUUUCCACGAAGGAGAUAUCAUCACUCUUAUAGGAGACAGAAACAAAGGUUGGCAGUACGGGGAAAACCAGAGGAAUCACAGGAGGGGCUGGUUUCCGAUUGCAUACACCGCAGUGCUGAAUGAUGGUCCAAAUGCUAAUUCUAUGGAUUUGAACACUCUGGAGCUAAAACGCCGAAGUAUGGACUUGGCGAAUCCUUAUUCCUCCUGCAUUGGGGUUUCUCGUAGUCUUACUACACCGAACAUCCAGCCGUACCAAAAUGGCACGGAUCACGAUGCCUCUAUUGAUGCCAACCUGCUGCUGCCACCUCCUCCUCCCACCACCCAAAGACCUCUCUCCACUUUCUUAGAUUCCUCUGUGAAGAACUUGGAUUCUUUACAGCGCCAGCGAAAUAACUCCAAAUUUCUUCACCCUUCCUCGAGUAUAUCCGCGGUUAGCUCCCCGCCCCCACCCCCACCUCUCCCUCCGGCCCCCCUGUGACAUCAGGGGACCCCUUGGUUAGAAUCCUGCCACGGCGCUUGCCCCCCAUGUCGACUUCCUUACAUUCCAGUAACGACAGCGGAUUUUGCAACGAUGGCCCUCCCCCUUCACUGCCAGUGCUUCUGUCGCCGACGUCGCCAGGAUUUUCGCCAAGGGACCGCAGUGGAUCCAUCCAGCGUUCCUUGGAA